UCUUAGAAGAUCUGGGCUGGUUAUCACCUCCUUUUUGAUUUUAAGUACUUCCCUCUAUACGAAUUGACUUCCAGGUGUUCAUCAAAGGAAACACCGUGCUCCCCAUACUGGAACAAGAAAGGAUGACUGACUAAACAGCUCGGAGGUGUCCCCCUUCAAAAUGCCUUUUAAAGCAUUUGAUACCUGCAAAGAAAAAAUUUUGAAACCUGGGAAGGAAGGAGUGCAGAAUGUCGUGGGAGAUUUACUUGGAAUCUUACAAAGAAAAAUCAAUGGAACCAAUGAAGAAGAUAGCAUUGAACUGAAUGAAGAAGGAAGACCAGUGCAGACACGCAGGCCACGCCCUCCACUCUGUGACUGCCACUGCUGCGGUGUCCCUAAGCGUUACAUCAUUGCCAUCAUGAGUGGGCUAGGAUUCUGCAUUUCCUUUGGGAUUCGAUGCAAUCUUGGAGUUGCCAUUGUGGAAAUGGUCAACAAUAGCACUGUGUAUGUAGAUGGAAAACCAGAAAUUCAGGCAGCACAAUUUAACUGGGAUCCAGAGACAGUGGGCCUUAUCCAUGGAUCUUUUUUCUGGGGUUAUAUAGUGACACAAAUUCCAGGUGGUUUCAUUUCAAACAAGUUUGCUGCUAACAGGGUAUUUGGAGCCGCCAUCUUCUUAACAUCAACUUUGAACAUGGUCAUUCCUUCUGCGGCCAGAGUGCAUUAUGGCUGUGUCAUGUGUGUUAGAAUUUUACAAGGCCUAGUGGAGGGUGUGACCUACCCAGCCUGCCACGGAAUGUGGAGCAAAUGGGCACCACCUUUGGAGAGAAGUCGCCUGGCCACAACUUCUUUUUGUGGUUCCUAUGCGGGGGCAGUGGUUGCCAUGCCCCUGGCUGGGGUAUUGGUGCAGUACAUUGGAUGGGCCUCGGUCUUUUAUAUUUAUGGUAUGUUUGGCAUUGUUUGGUACAUGUUUUGGCUGUUGCAGGCCUAUGAGUGCCCAGCAACUCACCCAACAAUAUCCAACGAGGAGAGGACCUAUAUAGAGACAAGUAUAGGAGAAGGAGCCAACUUAGUCAGUCUAAGUAAAUUUAAUACUCCAUGGAAAAGAUUUUUCACGUCGUUGCCGGUUUAUGCAAUCAUUGUGGCAAACUUUUGCAGAAGCUGGACCUUUUAUUUGCUCUUAAUAAGUCAGCCUGCUUAUUUUGAAGAGGUCUUUGGAUUUGCAAUAAGUAAGGUGGGUCUCUUGUCAGCAGUCCCACAUAUGGUGAUGACAAUUGUUGUGCCUAUUGGAGGACAACUGGCUGAUUAUUUAAGAAGCAGAAAAUUUUUGACCACCACUGCUGUUAGAAAGAUCAUGAACUGUGGAGGCUUUGGCAUGGAGGCGACCCUGCUCCUGGUGGUUGGCUUCUCCCAUACCAAAGGGGUGGCUAUCUCCUUUCUUGUGCUUGCUGUAGGAUUUAGUGGCUUUGCUAUUUCAGGUUUUAAUGUCAACCACUUGGACAUUGCCCCCCGCUAUGCCAGCAUUCUCAUGGGGAUCUCAAACGGAGUGGGAACCCUCUCUGGAAUGGUCUGCCCUCUCAUUGUUGGUGCAAUGACCAAGCACAAGACUCGUGAGGAAUGGCAGAACGUGUUUCUCAUAGCUGCUCUGGUGCACUACAGUGGUGUGAUCUUCUAUGGGGUCUUUGCUUCUGGGGAGAAACAGGAGUGGGCUGACCCAGAGAAUCUCUCUGAGGAGAAAUGCGGAAUUAUUGACCAAGACGAAUUAGCUGAGGAGACAGAACUCAAUCAUGAGACUUCCAUGAGUCCCAGAAAGAAGAUGUCUUAUGGAGCCACCACACAGAAUUGUGAAGUCCAGAGGAAGGAAUGGAGACGCCAGAGAGGAGCCACCUUCGAGGAGGAAGAGCCCACAUCUUACCAGAAUGAAAAGGGGAACUUCUCAGAUAUACCCUAAAGUCUGAGGGGGCACGUCUGUCAUCUCUUCACCUUAGAACCAGAAAGUAUCCAUACCUAUUGUCUUCCGCAUAGCCCAGCUUUCCAGAGAGCCACAUUUGGGGACACUGGAGGGGAGGAGAUUAAGUCAGCAAUAGACGAAAGAGAAAUAUUGUCUUGCAAUGACACUUGUAACUUUGGAGCUUGCUCUCAGGUGAUAAUCAUAACUUUUUAAAAUUGGCAGUUGACCUUUUCUCUCAAAGAACUGAACUCAUUCAGAAAGAAAUAACUAGAAGAAUAAGGAACACAAUACCAUGUUGUUCAAGAAACAUUGAGGGAAAUGGCGAUAUUUGGCCUGGAGGAGAGUAAA